AAGAAAGAGGGGUAGAUGGCAUGGGAGUGUUUCCGCAAGGAUGUCCUUCCAUUCACAGCAAUAGUUGCAGUGGAGUGCACUAGUGUGGGCUUAAAAAUUCUUUUCAAAGCAGCCGCUUUGAGAGGAAUGAGCUACUAUGUCUUCAUCACAUACUCUUAUGCUGUUGCUACUCUUAUUCUCCUCCCUUUUCCCUUAAUCUUUCGCAGCACAGCAGCUCUUCCCUCAUCGAAGUUCCCCCUUAUCUCUAGAAUUUGUCUUCUCGGGCUUAUUGGGUUUGUAGCUCAUAUGUGCGGAUAUAAAGGUAUAGAAUAUGGCUCACCAACUCUGGCUUCAGCAAUCAGCAGCCUCACUCCGGCGUUUACCUUCAUCCUUGCCAUCAUUUUCAGGUUUCUUCCCUCUUCUACUUCUCAAGCUAAAAUUAUUGGCACCAUAGCAUCAAUAUCAGGUGCAUUAGUGAUUAUUUUCUACAAGGGCCCCGAAGUGUUUUCAUCUCCCACUUUGAUGCCAUCAUCAUCUGUCUCAUAUUGGCCUCUUGAGUCCUCACAAUCAAAUUGGGCCGCUGGUGGCCUCCUACUUGCUGUUGAGUGUUUCCUUGGUUCCAUCUGGUACAUUAUUCAGACACAGGCUAUGAAGAUAUGCCCGGCAGAGCUGAUCGUAGUCUUCUUUCACGACUUAUGUGGAACCAUUAUAUCUGCACCAGUAUGCUUGUUAGCGGAAUCAAACUUGAGUGCCUGGAGACUAAGGCCUAGCAUAGCAAAAGUUGCAGUUGUAUACUCUGGAUUUACUGGGACAUUACUUGGCAUUCUUGUGCACACCUGGGGCCUACGCGUUAAGGGUCCUGUCUAUGUAGCACUUUUUAAGCCAUUGUCUAUCGCUAUUGCAGCUGUUUUGAGUGCUACAUUCCUUGGUGAUGCUCUGCAUCUUGGAAGUGUCGUUGGAGCAGUGAUAUUAUCCGUCGGAUUUUAUGCUGUAAUAUGGGGAAAAGCAAAAGAAAAUACGGCUGACUCUGGCUUUAGCAGCUUGGCAUCCUCCUCCACGGCCCCCUUGUUGCAAACUCAAUGUAUCGAAGAUAUGACUCAGUAAUGAAUCCAUUCAAAACAAGUCUGAGCUCAGUAAGCCAUUUUGUUUCCAAUCAAGCUGGAGAACUGAAAAACAGAGCUCCAUGUAGAGCAACUUGGAUCCCCUAUAUUUAAUAUUUAUUAUACGAUAUAAAUUCUAAAGAGACAAACACGAAACCUCAAAAACAUGUUUCACGGACAACGUGGAGUCCAUCACGUGACCUGGUCGGCCAUUCGAAGGUCCCACGUGAUAGAAAGGGGUUAAUGGCUAUUGGGCUAUUGUUGGGUUCGGGCAUUUCAAAAGGCCAUCAGAUUUGCCCAUAGUCCCUCCUUUGGGCCGUCCAGCGAUCCCUAGCUCGCACUGUUUGGGCUACAGCUUGAUGGUACUUGGGCUCCUUGAGCCUUCUGAAAAGUACUUUUUGUAAUUAAUUAUUCUUUUUGGUUCCAAAUUA